GUUCUACCAAAUUCACUCAGUCUGACUUCGAAACAUUUCUGAGAAAGAUUGAAAUUUUGCAGUGGAUUCCAAAAACAAAAUGCAAGUCCCGAAACAUUUACAAAUUUUGACGUUCUUCGUGCUUUGUCUGGUGUUGAACUACGUUCAAUGCGGAUCAAGAGAAAAGAGUUCCAAGUUCAAUUCAAAUGCCUGGAAAACAGAGGAAAACGCUACGAAAUCAAACCCGAAUGGACUCAGAAAUCCAGAAGCCAGAUUUGCGAUUCUUUUUGCAAAUCCCGAAGGAACGAAUACCCAAAGUGUUGCAGAACUUCAGAGCGUUUUCAGGCAGAUUCCCGGGAAAUUUGCGGGGAUUUUCCCCAUGAAACAGAAAUUCUAUGAUGAAAUUAUUGCAUUAUUCUGUGGACCUAAGCCUGAAGAUGAAAACCCAGCUCCGGCAAAUGAAGGAGAAGAACCUGCUGAAGGCCUUUGAGAAUCGGAAUUUGCAGAAACGCGUUUUUGUUUUGAUUUUCCCUUGAGAAAUAUUCAUACUCUCAUGACAUGAAGAAUGUUACAUGUUAUUGCGUACAUCAGUGAGAAAAAAAAUACUGUAUAUGCCUUUAUUCAGGAAAAAUACAGUGAACAUAGAAAUAA